CACUGAAGGAAGACAAGGCCAUUGCAGAGAAGCUAACACGAUUCUUUGCAUCAGUCUUCACUGCAGAGGAUGUGAGGGAGAUUCCUACACCUGAGCCGUUCUCUUUAGGUGACAAAUCGGAGGGACUGUCCCAGAUUCAGGUGUCUAUAGAGGAGGUUUUGGAACUUGUUGCCAGGGGAUGUUGUGAAGACCAAAAGUAUAACAGGGUUCAAAAGAGAAUUCGAGAAGACACUUUGAAUGGUUUAUGAGAAGAAAGCAAGAUGGACGGAAGUCAGCCCCGCACCGAGACUCCCACGGCUCCCAAGAAGAUCUCUCUGCUUUCCUCUCCCAUGCGGGCAGUCAUCCGUCUGCGACGAAAAGUCCAGUUCCUGAAGAAAAGCCGCCUGCAUCUGAACCUUCCCAGAGAACAAUCUCCAGAGCUGGUCCAAACUAGGCUGCUUCAAAGGCAGAUUUCCUUGAGCCGAACAAGCCUGUGUAACCCUUCGAUGGCCCUCUUUAAUCAAGCCACCUUUGACAGUUCUCAGUACUUCACCUUUGACACCUCUGUGGACCAUUCCGUGGUGAAUAAAUACAAACGGAAGAAGACCCGCAGGAAGUCCAGGGUGGUGUUGUAUCCAGAAAGCUCCAAAAAGUAUCUUCCAACAGAGCAAAAGAGUAAAGCAAAGCGCUGCCUUCUCUUGCUCAUUGGCAUCAUCUGCUUCCAAAUACUAAAUGCUAUUGAGAAUCUGGAUGACAACCUUCAGAAGUAUGACCUAGAUGGGCUGGAGAAAACCAUGCACCGGGAAGUAUUUGGGCAGAAGGUGGCUGUGGACAGAAUUAUGGAAUUGUUGAAAGAAUACCUGGCCACCCACAUACACAACAAGCCAUUAGUGAUCUCCUUCAAUGGCCCACCUGGGGUUGGAAAGAGCCAUGUUGGAUGGCUGCUGGCUAAACACUUCCGUUCAGUCAUGGACAAUGACUUUGUGCUUCAGUACUUUGUGAUGCACCACUGUCCAAACAAGGAGGCUACUCCUGCUUGCCAAUCGGAUUUGUCUGAAAAGAUUUCCGAGAUGGUCACCAGAGCAGAAAUAGAAGAGAAGAUACCAUUGUUUAUUCUGGAUGAGGUUGAGCUCAUGUCUCCAGUCCUGCUGGAUACGCUCAGCAGAUUCUUCCAACCGAACCAGACCAACGAGUUCCUCAAUGCCAUCUACGUUCUAAUAAGCAACGUAGGGGGCAGUGAAAUCACAACGUUUGCCCUCCAGAAUGUUUCCAGUGACCUUCUGCACCAGCAAAGACAAACAGAAGAACUGCUGUACAUUAUCCAGCCUGUUCUGACCCACUUCCACCCUCUUUGGAAGUCUGCUGACAUCAUCCCAUUUGGUCUGCUGGAGAAGAGUCAUGUCAUAAACUGCAUCUUGGAGGAGAUGAUGCGGGAAGGGCUGUAUCCCGAUCAGAGCCAUAUUGAGAAUUUAGCUAGCCAGCUCAGCUAUUACACUACAGGAGGCAGGGAGUACGCCAUAACUGGCUGCAAGCAGGUCGGAGCCAAAGUCAAUCUACUGUAG